ACUCAACCGCGUUCUAUCGCAGUCUUUGUCGUAUAAUACCGGACGAGAGAGUAUUACCGUGUAGUACCAUCGGCAGUGCGGAUGCGGCAGAAGAGUCUGGUCCACGAUGCGAUACACAGUCAUACGCAGGGUAGUCGCUGGAGAAAGGAACAGAACAUCCCCUUCCCACGGGCGCAUUUUUAUAAGGGCCCUCGUGUGUACAGCCUUGAGACCGCUCCUCGAAACUUCCGUUCUUACGCAAGACCCGUCGCUUUUUCAGUUCGUCGGUGUCAGGCGCGUUUGUUUGUGUCUUCCGCUACCCCCAGUCUGUGUGUUGCCUCUAUGUGUCCUGCGUCAGCGGGCACACAUCUUCAUUAUAUUCUCUCGUUGCGAACAAACGCGAUUCAGCUGUGUCAUUGUCCCCAUCAUGACAAACUGGAGGGGGCGCCGAGCUCCCGAACGACAGAGAGCUUUCGCGAUGUUGUAUCUGCUCACGCCAUAUUUACUGUUCUGCAGUGUGGCGGUUCCCAGCUGUUCCGCGAGCUGUAGCCUCUCUUGUGUGAAGAAAGCGCAGACGGAUAGAACAGAAAUAGACACUUCGUUGUCAUCCACUUCCACAGGAAACUCGCACGCCUUACCGCCUGCCUCUGACCCCCUUGUCCCUGCCUCCUUUCUCUCUCUCACUGAGGAGGGCGCAGCAGUUGUUCGGGAGCAGGAAGUACUCCCGAAAGAUGAAACACGAGAAACCGAUGCAGAGACAAAAGGAGAAGCGGGUGAGAAGUCACAAAAUAGCGCCUGUGACCUCUCGGGUGCAGGUGUCCCCCCUUGCUGCAGCAACUCAUCCUGCAGAAACGGUCCUGAGCUUAGCAGUACCACGCAGUCACACCAGAAUCUUCUCACGGCUACGCCUCUUCACUCCUCGGAAAGGCCUUCUGAGGCCUUGCCUACCUCGCAUCGUUCUCUCGAGGCAGUUGACUCCUCGUACGUUCCACGGAAGAGGCAAGGAGAAAUUACUCAACCCGCAAACAAUGAUGCUGCUGAGAAAUCUGGAGGACAGGCUGAAGUUGUUGUCAGUUCUCAUUCUCAUUUCUCCAAACAAACUAGCGGUGAUUUUGAGAAGGGUGAUAAGCCACAGACAGUCGAAGAUGCAAGGAAACACCUACCCCCUUCAGGGGAAGAAAUUGAGGAUGCAUCGUCUCUUAAAACCGCUCCCAGUCCGGCUACAAAUGUGACGCAACAGAGCAACGUAGAGUCAGCGGCACACGAGAUACAAAGUGGUAAGCAGGGAAGUAGGCAACAGUCUGCUGCCGCGUUGGCUGAGAAGGCAGACACCGCUUCGACAGUAGACGAGAAGGCAGACAAACCUGCAGACGAUGGACCUAAAGAAGAGCUGCGUUCAUCCGAGAAACGCUUCAUGCAAGUUACCUCGCCUUCCGCCAAGGACAAGAAGAGCCCUGUGUUGGCUGAAAGUGGAACGAAGACUGAGGGCGGAAGUAUGGCGGGAAACGAAGCAUUUCAGACGCCGCAAGCUGAAAAUGACCCACCGGCCUCAUCCUACCCAUCUUCUGGAGGAGGGUUUUCCAUGCCGCUGUGGGUUUUGAUGGUUUCUAUUGUUGGUGUUAUCGCCGUGGCAGUCGUGGGACUCUUGGUCAUGUUCCUGUUCCUUCGAAACCACCGAACGCGCCAGCGCAAGAAGCAAGAAGCGAAACUCAUGCUGAGGAGGAUGAUUCGUUCGAACUCCAUCCCGACGCCUGAACUGGUUUCUCGUUAUGCGCGAGAAAUGCGUGCGGAGGACGAUUUUGGCUCCGGAGAGAGCGGGUGCUCUCAAUCUCAGACGGGUGACGGAACCGCUCCUUUGCCUCCAUCGGACGGUGUUCCUGGGACCCCAAAGAAGCGAUGUAGAGGCUCUAAAGCAUAUUUCAUCAAAGUCGUAAAGCUGCCGUUUCGCAGCCGAAGAGAAGUGUCUUCUGCCGAGCAGGCAGCGAGCCCAGGAGAAACGCUCGAAAGGUCGCUUUCGACGUCUUCUUCUCUGUCGCAUACGAAACCUGCGGCUUCGGUUCCCGACGAAUCUCUUCCCAGCGUGUCCGACCCUCGCACCGUGUCUAGCGGAGGGCUCCCGAGCGGCUGGAAGAAAGUGGAAAACACUCUCGGUUUCUUUGCGUCGUUUUCGUCGAGGGACGGGAUAGCAGAUAUCCCCUUAUCUCCAGCUGGCAUGUUUGACGUUCCAGAAGUGCGGCACGAGUUCGCUUCGACUCCGUCGCCGCAAGAGGCAAAGCGAGGCAGGAAUAAAUGGGUUGUCGUUGCUAGACACCAACACCUGCUUCACGCGCCUGCACAGAGUCUUAGCACUCUACGGAGUGACAGAGACGAUGCUUGCUGUGAUCGUCCGACGUGGACAAGUGACGUUUCAGACGAUCCAGGAAGUGGCGGAGCCGGCGGCCUCGACCCCUCUCAAGGUUGGUCCAGCGACAUUCCUUCUCACAUGAUGCAGACGGCCAUUCACAGAGAGACAGAGGUGAUUGAUGAGGACGCAAUUGUCGAGUUCGAUGCAACUGUUCCCCUGGAAAACACAGACGAGGGCGACAGAGAGGUCGAAACCGACAGUCGUCAGGGAGUAGCGACACAGACGUGAAACUGGGAGAAACAGCGACAGGUGCAAAUGCCUACACAGAGAGAGGGAAGUGGGGAGAUGGAAUACAACUUUCUCUCUCGGGAGAGAAGAUUGUGGAAAAAGAAAUCAGGGGGGGCAAGUGUCCGCCGAAAUGUCCUGAGGGUAGCUCGCUCCCAGGAACUGACGCAGAAAAGGACACUUGUGGAGGAACUCAGGCCACGCACAUCUGUAGAAAGGUUCUAGUGUCGAUUUAGCCAGGGACGGCGAUCGAGAGAGGGGGUUUGCCAGUUUUCGGAAAAGUCCCGUCUCAUAUGCUGCCUUAGUAUUCGUCCGCUGGCGCUUCGUCUCCCUCUUCUGCUCCACUGCAUUUACAAAUCAGGUUUGAAUCGGGCAUCAUCCCUCGGCGUAGAUGAGGAUGGGUCUCGGGAGUGCCAGCGUCUCCCUGGGAGGGAACAACAACUGGCAAAACGCCUGUGGGUUUUUUCGCAACUGUCUGGGUCUCCGUUGCUUCGGCCACACGAGUCCACAGCUGCACAAACACAGACAAGACGAGAUAUCCGGAAGGCUUUUCCCCUCCAGAUUAAAUGCUGGAAAAGAUGGCCUGGCACCCUUCAGGACCCUCUCUUCCUUCUUCGAACGGGUUGCUCCGUGCUAACAGGUUUAUGAGGCCGACAGUUAGUGAGGCUUAGGCGCUCGCAUGACCUCGUGUUCGGAAAAAAAGUGUCUUCAUCUCGUGAUUCCUGUCCAGUCACGCCGCCUCUACAGACUAUCCUUUCGCCCACAAAGAGAAGUUUUUGCCGCAUCUCGAAUUUUUCCACGGACAUUUUUACACAGAAAGAGAGAUCCAAGACAUCGGUCGACCCUUCUUGCGGUACGCGUGUACAAAGAAGAAGUGCUCAAUGACUAGGAGUAGUUUUUGCUUCCUCGCACCAUUGUAUGGCACUUUUUCAUCGCCCUUGUGUUCUCCAUCGUGGGGAGAAGACAGAGUCUGUUAUGGUGUUUUCAGAUGCAUCUUGUGCCCGAAACCUUUACUCGGCGAACUCACUCUGUAAAAAGUAUAGCAAUACCGGUCGCUCUCUUCCUCUGUAAUACAAUGUAAGUGACAGAAAUUGGGUAGUCGGUAGAUACAGAUUCUCGUGCCAACAAGAAGAAUCAUUCGGAGACAACAUUGUAGAACGUGCAAAAUAUAAAACGCCCAAGUGGGUUAUACCCAACAGCAACGUGUACGAAGGCUUCGUAUUUGGAGUCAUGCCUGUGUAUCUGAGAAUGCCUAGCUCGAUAUUUUCUUUGUUUGCAAGGCCCGACAAGGCAAGGGCGGAAAGGCCUCUUCUCUGCCCGUGAAUUCGGCUUUAGCCGCUGCGCCUUUCCGGUCUUUCUUCCCUCUGCUCCCUGUCAAUGAUGAACUUGUCCGUUCCCCGCUCAAGGAAAGUGGUGUGUCGUUGGAGCGCCUUCCUGCAGAUUUCUGCGCAACACCAAAUUAAAAAAGUGGAAAAUUUAUUUUCAACUUCAUUUACAUUUCCACGUCUUGGCAAGAUGCUUAUAGGCGAUAGGCAAGAACUGACAAACAUACGUUCUCGUUUCACUUAAGAAGUCAAGGACUUCA